UUACCAGUGUCCAGUUGGCCGUAAUGAUCAAUCAUGUUCGAGGUCUCACAGGUCCGAUAGCUGAUCUACUUUUCCAUCAAGGUGCAGAAGAGGACAUGACGAUCCACUGCAUUUGUUCCAGAGCUUUUGUCAGCGAUCGAGAGCUGUACAGAUCGGAUUUGAAGUCUGUGAGAGAUCAGACCAGUGACCGACCCCGAGUAAAUCAGGAGGAUGAGGACGAGGAGUCCAGCUGCUCUGAAGAGGAUGAGAAGACUGUGCUGGAUGAAGAAACCCAGCUCAUGGUCAGUCUGGGGCUUCCUGUAGCGUUCUCCAGCUCCUCGCGUCAGAACAAAGCGAGUUUUAACGAAUACAGAGCGAGGAAGAGGAGCAGCGCGGGUUCCUCGGAGAACCAUCGUUAUAAAACCCCAGAGCUGGGGGUGGAUGGUGAGGAGGAAGAGGUUGAGGAGGAGGAGAGGAGGAAGAGAGAAGAGUGCGAGUUGGAAGAGCGAAAAGAGGAAGAGAAUGAGAAAGCGUGUGAGGAAGAGCGUGAGGAAGACGAGCUGAAAGAUGCUGUGGAUGAACCAAAGUCUCACACUGAUCCUCGUACUGAGUGUGUAUGUAUGUGUGAUGAUUUUAUUUCCCAGCAUGCCUGGCUGCAGUACUGGGAGCUGCAGGGAGAGAACCUGCUGUGGACGAGCUGGGUAGAGAAACAUGCCGAGUUCUCCAGCGUGUCUCCUCUCGCACCAUGGGCGUGUCCUGAAUGGAGGGAAAAGUGGGAGGAGCAUGCUAAUGAGACCUACGGAUAUUACUGGGAGCAGUUCAGCUACUGGGCCUCUCAGGGCUGGACUACAGACCAUUCGGGUGGCACAGAUGCAGCUCGAGAUGCAGAGCAAAGCUCUGAGGAACAUCAGGAACAGCUGGAUGUGAUGGACCCAGAGAAAGAACGGUGUGAAUCAUCUGCCUGCUGUGAUCAGAUUUCGGGAGAACCAGAAAGGUUUCCGGAAGGAAACACUGAUGACAUUGUGGAGCUCGUUAGCAGUUUAAGCAUGGAGCCCGAGAAAUGCGAGGAUGAUGAUUGGAAUAAAACGUUACAGUCAAGUUAUGCAAAUGAGCCUCAUGAUGGAGGAGACCGGAAAAGACCGGCUUCAUCGGGCAGCACCGGCGCGGAGGAAACCUCUGAGAAACCCAGCACUCAGCCGAACAGCGCCAGCCAGCCAUCGAAGAGCUGCUCGAAGGAGGACGAGAGUGACGAGGACGAGCCUCCAGAGAGAAAAGCCAAAACAAAGAAAAGUCAUGAGCUGGACUUUGAGGAACUCGCUCAGAUGCCUCCUGACGAAGCCUGGGAGAGUCUGGGCCUCAAACGGGACCCUCAACACAAGUUUAUGAGCGUUUUAAAGUUCCGGAGAACUCAGGAAGGAACUCGGAGGAAGGCUAAAUCAAGACUGAAAGCCACCUGCAAAAUCAACAAGCACGUGUUCUUCACCGAGGACGGAGAGACGCCGGAGCCCAAGAUCAACACGACGCUCCAAAAAGUGCAGAAUUUUCUGCGUAUCGCCCGAACUGAGAAUGACUCGGAGAAGACCUCGGCUUCAGCGCCAGACAGACCUGAAGGAGUCACAGAUCCACAGGAAUGUCCCGGAGGAAAGGUGAAGGACUUCAAGGAAUCGCAUCAGCUUGUAGAGCAUGGAGAAUGUGAAGAACAAGAGAUGACCAAGGUUAUAACUGAGCUGGAAGCAGAAGCACGAACACCAGAACCAGAGCUAGAAACACACGUUCCUUCAGAUGGUACGGAGCAGGAACACGGGAGGGAACUUUUUUCUCUGGACAUCCCAGACUUCCUCCUUCCUGAUGCUCCAGAAGAUGGAGCUGAGAACGAGAAGUCUUUGAAAAAGAAAAAGAAGAAGAAGAAGAAGGCCAGAAGGAGGACGAGACGACAGGAUGUGGGCGUGGACGUUCCUCCUGAGAUCGCCGCGGAUCCCGACUUGGCCAAGUACUGGGCUCAGCGUUAUCGCCUGUUCUCUCGAUUCGAUGAAGGCGUUAAACUGGAUCACGAGGGCUGGUUUUCUGUCACGCCUGAGAAGAUAGCCGAGCACAUCGCCCAGAGGGUUCAGGUCGAGUCCCAAACCCUGGUCAUCGUUGACGCUUUCUGUGGUGUGGGAGGAAACGCCAUCCAGUUCGCCCUCGCUGGAAAUGCUGUGAUCGCCAUCGAUAUCGACCCGGUGCGAUUAGCACUCGCCCAGCACAACGCCGCCGUGUACGGAGUUAGCGAACGGAUUGACUUCAUCCAGGCGGAUUUCCUGCAGGUGGCGUCGAGACUCCGGGCCGACGUAGUCUUCCUCAGCCCGCCGUGGGGAGGGCCGGAAUACCUCAGCGCCGAUGUCUUCAACAUCAAGACCAUGAUGAGCCCGGAUGGGUUUGAAAUUUUCCGGCUGGCCAAAAUGAUUUCGGAAAACAUCGUGUACUUCCUCCCAAGGAAUGCUGAUAUGGAGCAGAUCGCAUCUCUGGCUGGUCCUGGUGGUAAAGUGGAAGUGGAGCAGAACUUUCUAAACGGCAAACUGAAAACCGUAACUGCGUAUUUUGGCGGUUUAAUCGACUCGUAACUUUUUAUUGCGCUCCAGAUUUCUGUGUAACCGUGUAUUCGUUUAUUUAUUUACUUUUAUCCAGGUCCCUGUUUUAGGCGUUUCAAAGUGUUUCUUUUACAGGUGAUGCCUUUGUCUUUGUACAUCUGUAUGUUUUUUUUAAAUAAAGUUCAUAAUGUAAA